AUGGAAGCUCUUCAGCUGGCACAGAUGCUAGCAGAUCUCAAUGAUCUCCAAGCUGCUCAAGAUCAACCCGCCGCGAAAAACUUGGUAAGCGUCAACCGAACGCUCGACCGUAAGGAACACCUACAGCAACAGCCAAGAAGCGUCCCCGAAGGCAGGGUGUCAUCCCCAGCUAGUCGCAUGACGGACAAGUUUGGCCGUCGUAUGCUCACACCACCAUUGACGAGAACAAACUCGGCAUCGCCAUCUAUGCCUGGCAGUCCUCUUGGAGGAGAGCGACCGGACGCAGAUAUUGAUAGAGCUUCUACAUUGCUUUCUUUAUACGAAAUCCGCGCCAAAUUGAGGGAGCAAGAUAACAGCGGCUUAAUCAAGGCGCGCGAGAAGAUCAAUGCCCUCGCCGCGAAACAGCAUACUCAGGUGGCUGCUGACCACAAGCACGAGCGAAAAGAAAUCAACCGGCUAAGCUACCCAAAGUGA